AUGCUCGGUUUGACAUUGAAAUUGGGCUUUGUCAGAUUCGUCGUUGCAAAUAGAACUGGACCCAAUGGCACAGUUGUUGCACCCUGGGUCUUCCGUUCGUACGAAAUGAGACAUGAUGCAUCGAGAGCCAAUCGCGGCGGUAGGCCAGGAGACAUCUGCGUAUGGCAAGUUGCGCGAGCGACUACGGCGGCGCCUAUGUACUUUAAACCAUACGAACUCAAAACUCAUGGUAACUUGGAUGGGUUAAUGGGACGUCCGCCCUUCCACAGAGACACAACAAUGAAUAUCGAGGCUAGGUCAUUGCAAGGCAAUGUGAACUCGACCGGGCAUAAGGAAACAACAGGACCGCCUGUAGUGAGACUCGAGGACGGCGGCUUUGGGACCGCUAACAACCCUGCCAAGUAUAUGUUAGAUGAGCUCAAAGAACAAUUACCUGAAGGAGUAAGAGUAGGAACCUUCGUCAGUGUCGGAACAGCUCGACCGAGAGAAACGGCAAAAGGCCCACCAUUAUUGCGCUUGAUAAAAGGUGCUAUACACCGUCUUGGUGAUCCAGAAGGAACACACGAAUACAUGAUGAGACAAGCGACGGAUCCCAAUGCGCCAUUAUCAUAUUACCGAUUGAACUCGCCAGGGGAGCCAAGUGGUGUUGAGAUGGACGAUUGGAAGCCAAGGGCUACGGGUGAAGAUACAAUGGAGAGGAUGAAAAUUGCGUUUAAUCAUUAUUUCGUUCAGCCAGAGGUAUCUGACUUGUUCAGGACAUGCGCAGAGAAGCUCGUUGAAGCAAGACGGGCUCGAGUUCGAGCAAAUAGGCCUAAGUGGGAUCGAUUCGCCUUGGGUAGGCAUUUCUACUGUAAGAAGGAGUGGAACUGUCACGAUGAAGUCCAGCGUGAAAUCAACGAGGUCAGGUUCAGGGCUCACCUCAAAGAUGCACACGGAAUGCGCAAUGAAGACAUUGACGAUGCGGUAAAUGGCUGUAAACAUCAGUGGAACUAUCGGGGGUUAGCUGUGCCGAAAAAUGGCUUAUUGUAA